AUGGCAUUUUCCAGCAGAGUUGCUGUUCGCGGCAUUCUCCAUGCAAGGCCUCCGCUGAAAAGACUGCAGCGGCAAUUGUCCGUACUUCGAGUAAGGUGUCUAUUCUUUAUAAGCUACUACAUUAAUGCGGAGCAAUCGAUUAUUGUGAAUGGAGUGACCUGUCUCCGCCUCAACGUGCUCUCCAAAUGGGCGUGCGAAAAAUUCCUGUCUGUGGAGUUGGAGCGUUUGCCUUCCGAGCAGGACGAUCUCGAUCGCCGUGCCCGCGAGGCCAAUCUCCAGGUUCUCAUGGAGCGUACCUUGCACAGUCCUCCAUCUCAGCAGAGAACUAGGGUCGCUUUUGGCAUUGUGGCUAUUGGUAGGUACAGCUGUUUUCACAAACUUGAGGAAGGCUGUCAGCGUGAGUCGAUCAUGGUGGAGGAUAUAAGGGUGUUUCAUAUGAGCAAGCAAGCGCGCUCGAUUGCUUACAUCUUGCAGAAUCACGUCAAAGAGUGA